UUUGAAAACGGCCGGGCGCGCAGGCUCCGCGGCAGUGGCGGCGCGAGCGGGAUACGGCGCGAGCGGUUCACGGCGCGAGCGGGACUCAGAGAACUCACUGCCGCGGCGGACCUGGCUGCAGAGCCCUCAGACAUGAGCGGGAACCUGAAGGUGAAGCUGCUGUCGGGCGAGGAGAUCCAGGUGCCCCUGACUGAUUCCAUGACGGCAUCGGACGUGAAGCAGCUGAUUUCCCAGAAGAUCGACGUGCCGGGCUUCCUGCAGCGCCUGGUCGUCUCGCCGAGCGGCGUGGCCCUGCAGGACACAGUGCCCCUGGUCAGGCAGGGCCUGGGCCCCGGGAGCACGGUCCUGCUGGUGGUGCAGAGCUUCAGCACCCCGCUGAGCAUCCUGGUGAGGAACGAGAAGGGGGUGUCCAGCAGCUACAUGGUCCAGCUGACGCAGAAGGUGGCUGAGCUCAAGCAGCAGGUGUCCCAGAAGGAGGGCGUGAAGGACGGCCAGUUCUGGCUGAGCUUCCAGGGGAGGCCCAUGGAUGACAACCAGCAGCUGAAGGAGCACCAGCUCACACCUGGGUGCACCGUGCAGAUGAAUCUGUACCUCCGGGGGGGGGGGCGGGGUGUGGCCGGGAGAGCAGCGCUGAGGGCCACUGCGAGUCCCUGACCCAGGGCCCACAAUAAAGGCCAAUGCAGAGCUAACUGGCUGCCUCUGCGUC